CAGCGAUCGGCGUCAUUCCCGCGCAGAAGACUCCGCGGCUCCAGUGCUACAAUUUCGAGCGGGAUUUCUCGUCGAAAAGCACCUCAUUUCUAACCACGACGCAACGAUUUUCAACGAUAAAUAUCUAUUACUUAUUCUCACGAAUUAUUCGUUCUCAAUCAGUUUUUAUUUUCUCGUGAAUAUUAACUCGAACGAAAUUCGGCAGAGUGAUAGCGAAUCGAAAAGUAACGAAUUUCGAAGAGGUUUUCCCUUGAAAAAUUUUCCUGAGGAUCGUCGUGUUUCUUCCGAACCUGAAGUGGCCCUGAAACUUCUGUAGUUUUACUUUGAGGCUCGACAGCAACAGCCAGCAGCAUGACGGGACGAAAAAUCGGUCAAGCAAUGGUGAUUUUCCUCGUGGCGAUGAUGUCAUCCAGCAGCUCGGUAUUAGGGGAUUCAAGAUCAAUCGCAGAAAGGCUCAAGUCUAACUCCAACGAGGAGGGAAACAAAUCUCCAAUGAAAAAGGCAUACUCUUAUGUCUCCGAGUACAAGAGACUUCCUGUAUACAAUUUUGGGAUUGGUAAACGAUGGGCAGUCAAUGGUGUUAAGGGCGCACAACCGUAUUCAUUCGGAUUUGGUAAACGCAGCACUUCGACAAAUUUGUAUCCGAUGAGAAUCGGCAUGGAUUACGUGCCGUCUGAUCAAUACAAGAGUUACAUGAACGACCUCGUGUCGAAGAACGUAAGAGAUAACACGAAACGUGGCGAGCAGUACAGACACUACGAUUUCGGUGUGGGAAAACGGAGCAUUAACUCGGAGUUCAAUGACGAGAGAAAUAUGCAAUACAAUCACGAGGAUAUUGACGAGAUGAAGAAGCAGCAACAGGACGACAUCGAGGAGGUCUUCGAGCCAAGAUCUCUUUACUCCUUGAUUCCCUUUGCCCCUUUAGAACUUACGAACGAAUACUAAAAAAACAAACGAACAUUUCUCGCUGGAUUGCCCGGAAAGUUUAAAUCCUCCCCACUUUCUCUGACUUGCCCUUUUGAAAAGAGUGAAAGAUUGGAAACUUAGAGAAACCGAGACGUUCUCGUUGUCGCAACUCGAGAAACCUUUUCGGAACGAAUCUAUGGAAACACCGUUUCUGAACAUGCAGAACAAACAUGCAAAACACCUCGAAACCUUUGACCCUCUAUUGCACGUGUAUUUCGACGAAAACUCUCGAUUUCUCGUCCUCGCAAUUCCGUUAAGUUGACUCGCAGCUUAUAAACAAAGCACAACUAUUAGGGUCUCGAGAAUACACGAAUAAAAUAAUUGUAAAACGAAAUAAAAUCAAUUCUCGUGCCAAAAUCAUUUUUUCCCUCUUUCCAUAUAUUUUCUCUUCAUUUUUUGGAUCACUCUUCACCGAAAUUAACCUCGUUGAAGGUCAACAUCAUUUUUGACCUUCUUCGAGGCUCCCGGACACUUAUUAAUUCAUUCACCACGUUCAAUUUCGUAUCACAAUUAUUUUCGUCCUUAUCAUUUUCCUGGGACGUUCAGCACAUUCUGGAUCAUUUAUAAUCGAGUGUGUACUGCGCCCGACAUUUUUUUAUUGAUCGUAACCCCUGAAAACGUAUUCCUCCAUUCCUGCUCCUUGGUCCAAGGAAAAACCUUGUCGAAUUUAACACUAUUCUUUGAAAAAUGAAAAAAAAAUUCAUCAAAAAAUGAAAAAGAAAAAUCAAAAAAUGAGAUACAAGUCUUCGCACGCGCCUCACUGCUGCACCCCUGUACUUGCGAACCUUCGAUCAAUCGAUCGACCAAUUCCUCAAUCUCAAAACAAAACAUUAAUCGUCAAUAUAUCUGUAUUUAUCUCUCAUCGGUGUAUGUUAUUAAAAGUACUGUCUGCAAAUAUAAAGGUGAGAUUUUAUUAUAUCUGUGCACCACUAUAAUAUGGAGUAAAAGAAAAAAGAAAAACAAAAUAUACGAACCCUGUGGAUUCCGAUGUAUAAUAAUGAUGUUAAAAUAUAUACUGUGUGGAAUUCUAA